AUGCAAGCCUUAUGUGUUCUGACUGUCUGUGCAGCCAAAGAGCAUCGAAUUUUAGCCAUAGGUCUUUUGUACUUCAAACCAUUAAUAAACUGGCAGAAACUGGUCUGGCCGCGCUGCCUCUCUCAGCCCGCCGCGCCGACAGGGGGCGCUGUGCCCACCGGGCCUGCCUUCCCCCACCCCAGCGUCUCUCUCGCUUCUUCCCCUCGUCCCUUCCGCCUCUUCCGCCGCCGCCAUCGCUGGGACUCCGCGCAUCUCCGCGCCAUGUCGUCCCAUAAGACGUUCAAGAUCAAACGCUUCCUUGCCAAGAAGCAGAAGCAGAACCGGCCGAUCCCGCAAUGGAUCCGCAUGAAAACGGGCAAUAAGAUCAGGUACAAUUCCAAAAGGAGACACUGGAGAAGGACCAAACUGGGCUUGUGAAGAGAGACCAUCACCUGGGAGCUCUAAUAACACUUUUGUCUUUCUGUGUCAGAUGGGGACACCCCCUACAGCCACCCCCACGCCAUUCCUUCUGUAGUGCUGGACUCUGAUCCCCAAUGUUUGAGGUUCUGUUUGUUUUUUUUUAUGAACUAGCCUGGGGUUUUAAUGUUAGCUGAGAAAAUCUGGAAGUAAUUUGCAUCUGAGACAUGAAGACUGUGUUCUAUUAGUGUUCUUUAUUGCAGGCAUCACCAGGAGUGGUGACAGGGUACAGGCUUACUAAUAAAGACAGACCUGAAGGACUUGGUUGAAA